ACUAAAAAGAAGAUUUUUACAGCACUGAAAUAUUGCAAGAAGAAGACAAGCAAUCACCUGCAUAAAAAGGAGAAAUAAUUGUCGAGAAAUGUUAAAGAGCUUAUAGUCUGGCUGGAAGCGUUGAAAUGAUUCGGGGCGACCAAUAGGAGCAUUUAGAGACCGUAUCCCCCCAACUCGCCUCCGCAGCAACGGGAGUCGGGACAAGGCCCUGUAAAAACACGGCAACACUGCGAAUUGUGACACACAGAAUCACACACUAGCGCAAAUACGGCGUAGAAAGUAGAAGCAACAAAAACAACGAGGAGCGGAGGCCAUCACCUGCUGGAAAAAUGGAGGCGGACGGGCUAACAAACGAGCAGACGGAGAAGGUGCUCCAAUUCCAGGAUCUCACCGGAAUCGAGGACAUGAACGUGUGCCGCGACGUUCUAAUCAGACACCAAUGGGAUCUCGAGGUGGCCUUCCAGGAACAACUAAAUAUCCGUGAAGGACGCCCCACCAUGUUCGCCGCUUCAACAGACGUGCGAGCGCCAGCUGUGAUCAACGAUCGCUUCCUACAGCAAGUGUUCUCGGCCAACAUGCCUGGCGGCCGGACAGUAAGCCGUAUUCCCAGUGGGCCAAUUCCCCGCAGUUUCACUGGACUUUUUGGAUAUGUGAUCAACCUCGUCUUUCAAUACUUCUACUCCACGCUAUCGAGUAUUGUAAGUGCAUUCAUCAAUAUAGGUGGUGGAAAUGAGCCACGACUGGUCACAGAUCCGCUAGGGGAUGUGAUGAAGUUUAUCCGGGAGUACUACGAAAGGUACCCGGAACACCCUGUCUUCUAUCAGGGCACUUAUGCCCAGGCUCUGAACGAUGCCAAGCAGGAGCUGCGCUUUUUGAUUGUUUACCUGCACAAGGAUCCCACAAAGAACCCCGACGUUGACUCGUUCUGCCGCGAGACGCUCUCCUCCAGAUCAGUGAUCGAUUAUAUCAACACACACACCCUAUUGUGGGGCUGUGACGUGGCCACUCCGGAGGGGUACCGUGUAAUGCAGUCCAUUACUGUUCGAAGCUAUCCACUAAUGGUGAUGAUUAGCCUGCGGGCGAAUCGCAUGAUGAUUGUUGGUCGCUUUGAGGGCGACUGCACGCCUGAGGAGUUGCUUCGCCGCCUGCAAUCUGUGGUGGCGGCCAAUGAAGUCUGGCUAAGUCAGGCGCGCGCGGACCGACUAGAAAGAAACUUUACGCAGACAUUGAGGCGCCAGCAGGAUGAGGCCUACGAGCAGAGCCUGCUGGCCGAUGAGGAGAAGGAGCGCCAGCGACAGCGGGAGCGAGAUGCUGUUCGGCAAGCGCAGGAGGCGGAGGAACGAGCCCAACGUGACGUGGAGCUGCGCAAGGAGGAGAUAGCCCGACAGAAGAUCGAGCUAGCGUCGUUGGUGCCAUCAGAGCCGCCGUCCGAUGCUGUGGGAGCCAUUGCCGUUGUCUUCAAGCUUCCCAGUGGGACCCGCCUCGAGCGGCGUUUCAAUCAAACUGAUUCUGUAAAGGACGUGUAUCAUUAUCUCUUUUGCCAUCCCGCUUCGCCGGAUGAGUUCGAGAUCACAACGAAUUUCCCGAAGCGGGUACUCUACUCGAAAGCUGACGUGGACGCCUCUGAGGGCGCCGCCAACGAGACGCUGAACAAGAGCCUCCAGGAUAUGGGACUGAAGAACCGAGAGGUGCUAUUCGUCAACGACCUGGAGGCGUAACCAGAAACUCGUGACCAGACCACCACCACCUAUACCACAUGAUAGAAUCGUCGUGUUAACCAGCUGCAGCGCAUUACCAAAACUUGAACCAAGUUUUAAGUAGUCGUAGUCAACGUCCAAGUCGGAGGAUGAACGGAAACGGAAAGAAACUAUUCCUAAUUUAUUCAUGAACAGUAAUAUAAAUAAUUGUUUAACAAUUUUAGGUUGAUUUUCUUGUAAUCUAUUCCCACCCACCCGUUUAUUCCACAUAACUCACACUCUCGAGCAUAAGUAAAAUCCUUUGCAGAACAAUUUUCGUAAGCCUCAUAUUUACUUUAAAAUUUUCAUAAGAUUUUUGUUAUGUUAGCUAUACUCUUAACAUCCCGUUAGCCGAAAUAGAAGCAGAUCUUAUUUUUUGACAAUGAUUUGAAAAUAAUCUGGAUAUGGUCGAAAUAAACAAACUGAAGUGUUAAUUCCUACUUUCUAAUGCAAACCCUAAAGAAUAAAAAUGGACUGCAAUCUUAUGUUUCAUU